UUGAGUCGAACUUGAGACUCACGUUUAUAAGUCCAGUUCCAUAAAUAUCCUUUAGUGCCGUGAUUGUUUUCUACAAUAGUCAAAAAUAGCAUAAUGAAGCAACACCAUUUCGUCAUCAUCUCUCUUCCAGCCCAAGGACACAUAAAUCCCACUCUCCAGCUCGCUAAAAACCUCGCACGCGCCGGUGCUCGUUGCACCUUCGUCACUACCGUUAAUGGCUUCCGCAAAAUGAAUAACUUUCCUUCCAUUGACGGUUUAUUCUACGCCUCCUUUUCCGAUGGAUACGAUGACGGGGUGCCCAAAACCGACUUCGAUGAUUAUUUGAAAGAGUUAAAGCGCGUGGGUUCGGAAAACAUCAAAAACUUUGUUCAGAAAUUUAGCGACGAGGGCCAUCCAGUUACUUUCUUCGUUUACACAAUUCUCUUACCUUGGGUUGCAGACGUGGCCCGUGAGUGUAACGUGCCCUCUGCUUUUCUAGCCAUUCAAUGUGCUACUGCUUUCGCAAUUUAUCACCGUUUGUUCACCAAAAAUGAUAAUGGAGUUUAUAGCUCUACUAGUGUUAUUGAGCCGCCCUUGUUCCCAAUAAAAUUACCGGGGUUGCCCUUGUUUUCGCGCGAUGAUAUUCCUACCUUCCUACUGCAUGGCGAUCCUAACUUUUCUUUCAUGGUUCCCGUGAUGAGAGAACAUGUACAGAAUCUCGAGAAUGAUCCUAAUCCUCGUGUUCUUAUCAACACUUUCGACUCACUAGAAGAGAAAUCAAUGAAAAUUCUCGACAAAAUUGGGAUCUGCUCGAUUGGCCCUUUGAUUCCUUCAGCUUUUUGCGAUGGAAAAGACGUCAAAGACAAGUCAUUCGGGUGCGAUUUGUUUGAUAAAACUGAAACUUAUUGGCAGUGGCUGGACUCGAAAGCUGAGGGUUCGGUUGUUUAUGUAUCAUUUGGGAGCAUAGCAAUGCUAAAAGAGGUGCAAAAGGAAGAGGUUUUGCAGGGUUUAUUGGAAAGUGAAAGGCCGUUCUUGUGGGUAAUUAGGUCAAGCAAAGAAGAUGACAAGAAUGAAAAUGACGGGUUGAAUGGAAAAGGGAUGAUUGUUCCUUGGUGUUCACAAAUGGAGGUACUCUUUCACAAGUCGAUAAGAUGUUUCGUGAGUCAUUGUGGAUGGAAUUCGACUUUAGAAAGUAUAGUAGCUGGUGUACCGCUAGUUGGGUACCCACAGUUCUCCGACCAAGUGACGAACAUCAAAAUGGUGGAGGAAGUUUGGGAAACAGGAGUGAGAGCAAGAGCAGACGAAGGAAUCGUCAAAAGAGAAGAGUUAAAGAGGUGUUUGGAAAUUACAAUGGGGGAUGGAGAGAGAGGCAAAGAGAUAAGAAGCAAUAUGCAAAAAUAUCGAGAUUUGGCUGUGGAAGCUGUGAAAGUGGGAGGUUCCUCAUACAAUAAUUUGAAUAAAUUUUUGGAGGGUUUGUGAAGCAUUUCUAAAUCUUGAAUUAAAAUGAGUUCUGAGUUUUGGUUUACAAAUUUUAAUUAUUUCGCUAUUUCAGUUGAUGUCAAUAUUUGCUUUACUUUGUACAGGACAGUAGAAACUCCACGUCUUCUACGUCUUCAUGUUUUCUCAAGAAAUAUUCAAUUCAUCUCUUUUUCUGUUAGACAAAAAACAUACACUCUUUUUCCGACUGUAUCUUAAUAGUUUAGUUGGCCAAAUUA